CGCAGAUAUACACAUGUGAGUGAGAGAUAAAGUGUGAUAAACAAGUCAAAUAAGUUGUACAUCGUAGUAUCAUACCGGUGCGAGCAUAUUUGGGGUAUUUUACCAGAACUGAACUUUUGCACAUGUUCAAACUUGGAUAAGAAAGAAUGGGGAAGAGACCAAAGUCAUAUUACAUAAAAUGUGCAAUGAAGAAAAGGAAGAGAGAAUUUAGUCUUGAUGCUGGCAUGAAGGGUUUUCUUCUGACCUGCAAUAAUAAUGAAAAGCAGUGUGUAAGAGAAGCAUACAACAUCCUGAACGAAUAUGCAGAUAAGCUGUAUGGACCAGAGAAGGCCGGGAGUGGCGAAAGAGAUGGCUCAGAUGAUGGAGAGGCAGAGGAGGAGGAAGAAGAUAUCAGUAAAGUGUUGGAAAAAGAACUGCACACACUAAAAGAGACAGAUUCUUCACAGAGAAGAUUCCAGGUAGUAGAAAGUGGUGCCAAAAAUGUAAUUUUCAUCAGGACUACACUUGAAGACCCAUGUCACCUGGUUCAUGCCAUUCUUAGUGAUCUCCAGGAAACAAAGCAACAGAAAGCUAGAUAUAUCAUGAGGAUGCUUCCCAUAGCUACAACUUGCAAGGCUGUCCUGGAGAAGGUAUUAGAAAGUGUAGAGUCAGCAUUUGACGCAGAGCUAGGGCCUAGCACGGCAGGGCAGUCCUUCUACAUCAUGGCCAAGAUUAGAAAUAACAACUCUUUUAGUACUGCAGGAAUUUCUAAGGAAAUUGCUGGCACCAUAAUUACAAUGAAUUCAAAGAAUUCUGUUGACUACCAAAAUCCUGAUAUAGUUGUAUUGGUUGAGAUACUGAAGGGAAAUUGCUGCAUGAGCAUUGUGAGAGAUUACUUCAAGUUCAAAAAGUACAACCUUCAUGAAGUUGCUAAAACAGUUACAACAGAACCAAAGGAAGGGGACUAUCAAAGUCAAGAUGAUCAAGGGGAGGCAAAAGAAUUAGAUACUGGUGAAGAGACAAAAAUUGAGGAAACAAAAACUGAAAGCAUAAAGGAUGUCUCACAGACUCCAGUGGUAGCCAAGCUUACAGAAAACCAGAAAGAUUCAUCACAGCAGGUUUUACCUGAGUUGGAUUCCUCCACCCCCACCACCAGUGCUUCUCAGUCCACAGCAGUUGUGGAAGUGCAGGAUUCCAGAGUAGAAGAUUCUGAGGAUGUUCCAUCUGGCUCAGGGACCGGAACUGGAUCAUGAUAUUUCUUACUGUGAUGUUCAUUUUAGCCUAUGGUCUAUGGUUUGGAAUAAAAACUCACUCACAAAAUCUGGUAUUUAAGAGAAAAUCUGAAAAACUGUGGAGAUAUGUUUUCACUGAUAUGCAGUUAAGUUUUUAUAGAACAGAGCGUCACAAACAUAAGCUAAAGCAAUUAAAAAAAUGACUUGGAUAUAAAUGAUUCUAAAAACCGAUUCUUAUCAGCCUGUUGUCCCAUUAACGUCAUGUAUUUUACCCUCUUCAUUUAUAUACAGUAGAAUUGUGAGGCUUAGAUUUGUAUAUCUUUGUAUUUAAUUAUUUUGUCAGUAUACAUGUCUAAGCUGAUUUCAGUGCCUAUACAUGCCUGCUUGCUUGUUCUUUGUCUACCAGCCCUGUAUUGUUUCUCAUUCCAUUAAGCAGAAAAUAUUGAAUGCAGUGCAUUUAAUGUAGCAAUAUAAAAGAAAUCUUUACAUCAUUAUCUGGAGAAAUGAUGACAAUUUUCUGGUAUCUUUUAUCAGAGACAUUGUGUAACGUUAUGUGUAAAAACGUGCAAAUGUCAGCUUCCUCGUGAUUUUAUAACCAUUCAUGUAAUGCCACUGACAUAUCCCUUUCCUUGAUAGUCAACCUAGCUCAAAUGGAUGCAAAUUAGGGCAUUAAAGAUGGAACAUACAGGGAUAUUGUUAAUUCUUUAAUAUUCCAUUUUGGACCAUUCAUCAGUCAUGAACCUUGUGCUUGCUUUAUUCCUGUCAUCAGACAGAAGUUUCUUAGUUGACAGCAAUUUAGUGAGACUCCCCAGGGAGUUAGAUCGAUCCAGAUGGAUCGAUCUAGGCAUGGGAACCCAGUCUUAUUCUUUAUGUACAGGUGUGCUCAUGAAGCCAUCAUUCCUGUCUUUUACCAUAGAUAAUAUCUUACCUGGAAUGAAUCCCCAAAGCACCAACUGUCAUACAGUAUAUGACAUCAUAUUGUGUUAUGAAUUUAAAAAAAAGUUAUGCGUUUCAGCAUUUUUUCUGGGAUACGCAAUGACUGCAUACCAUAAUUAAAUUCAACAUUUUCCACUGUUGUAGUCCUUUCAAUCAAUAUGUGUAAAAUAUUCCAUUCAUUUGAUCAAUAAAAUAUUUUGAAGUUUA